CCCCACCCCAGAUCCUUCCCAGGUCUGGGUGGCACUGCCUCCUGCUGUCCCUGCCUGCCAGGCUCACUGGUGCACGUCCCCACCUGCAGGGUGUCCAGCGGCCAUCCUGCUCCCUGCCGUUGCCAAGGAAGCCCAGUGCUGGGUGCAUCUGUCUGUGGGGAGCCCUCAGCAGCCUCUCCACUCAGACCUAGGGAAAGUUCUGGAAGAGACGGUGGCCAUCCUUGUGUGGUUCAUGGGCAGCAGCAGGGGCUCUUGGAUGUGGCCAGGCCUGGGGGCCUCCCCUGAGUCCUCACCUGCCCGCCCGCCAUGCUGCAGUGCAGGCCGGCCCAGGAGUUCAGCUUCGGCCCCCGGGCCCUAAAGGACGCACUGGUGUCCACUGACACGGCCCUGCAGCAGCUCUACGUGUCCACGUUCACUCCUGCUGAGAGGCUUUUCCUAGCUGAGGCCUACAACCCCCAGAGGACGCUCUUCUGCACCCUGCUCAUCCGCACCGCCUUCGACUGGCUCCUUAGCCGCCCCGAGGCUCCUGAGGACUUCCAGACCUUCCAUGCAGCCCUGCUGCCCAGGAAGCACAGCCAGGCCCGGAAACACAUCUACCUGCAGCCCAUAGAUCUGAGCGAGGGGCCGGCAGACGCUCUCCUGGCCCAGCUGCAGAGCUGCGCGGAGGCCUUCUUCCUGGGCCUGCAGGUCAAGUGUCUGCCCUCGGUGGCGGCCGCAUCCAUCCGCUGCUGCUCUCGCCCCCGUCAGGAUGUGGACAGGCUCCAGCUCCAGGCAGACGGCAUCCUGUCUUUCUUGAAGAGCAGCAAGCCGGGCGAUGCCUUGUGUGUGCUGGGCCUGACGCUGUCUGACCUGUAUCCGUGCGAAGCCUGGAGCUUCACCUUCGGCAUGUUCCUUCCAGGGCACGAAGUGGGCGUCUGUAGCUUUGCCCGGUUUGUGGGGGAGUUCCUGCAGGCGGGGCCCAGCGCCUCUGAUCCGGCCCUGACAGAGGUGGCAGCCAGCGACCCUGAGAAAUCCCUGCAGGACAGAGGCUGGACCCUGCGCUUCAACACCCUGGGGCUGGCCCAGUGCUGCAAGAUUGUGUGCCAUGAGCUCUGCCACCUGCUCGGCCUGGGCAACUGCCGCUGGCUCCGCUGUCUCAUGCAGGGGGCACUCAGCCUGGAUGAGGCCCUGUGGCGCCCCCUGGACCUCUGCCCCAUCUGCCUGCGGAAGCUGCAGCACGUCUUGGGCUUCAGGCUCGUAGACAGGUACAAGCGACUGCACGCCUGGACUCGAGUGGCGGCGGGGCCGCGGCCCGGCCCGGAGCCGUCCCUGUCGGAGGACACCCUGCCCCGCAGCGCAGACUCGGGCCUGUGCUGCGAGAGCGAUUCGGAGCCCGGCACCAGCCUGUCGGAGCCCCUCACUCCAGAUGCCGAGCUGGACCCCGAGGACGAGGAUGGGCUGAGCUCCCUGGCAGCCCCCCAGGGCCCGCUGCCACUGGGAACCCCCGCAGAGGCCAUCGAGGAGCACAGACGGUGGCUGGCCAUGUGCAUCCAGGCCCUAGAGAAGGAGGUGACUGAGGAGGAGCUGGCGCGGGUGGACCAGGCUGUGGACGGCCUUAGUCGGUGGGAAAUGUUCACAGGCCAGCUCCCGGUCGCCAGGCAGGAAGUGCCCUGUGGCAGAGACGGGGACGGUACAGGGCUACGCAAGGUCCUUGGGGACAAGUUCUCCUCCUUAAGGAAGAAGCUGAGCACUCGCAAACUGUCCAGAAUGGACUCGUCCCCCUGUCGCUGGGAGGCAGAAGAGAAUUAGCACAGUAUAGGCACCGUGGUCCAGUGCACGUAUUUCCCGGGACAAUGACUGUGACCAAGGAUGCCCCCCGGCGGGUCAGAAGGAAAGGGUCUGGGCCUGGCCACAGCCUCAGAGUGUGACCUGUGGCCCCAGCAGAGGACGGUGGGACACAGUGUGCUAGUGUCCCUAUGUUAUGGCUGGAGCUCAGGCCCUGUUCUUGCAAACGUGGCUUCCAAGACCCAUAAUUGGGGUCUCCCCUCAACAGGGAAGCAGGCUUUUCCCCCUUCUACCUAGACUAUCUACCCCACACUCAGAAAGGGUUGCUUUCUGUGGCAUUCUACUCCUUAGGGACUUAUGCAGAGGUCUGAGAAAAGUUCUGGAAGGCCACCACUUACCUGGGACUUGUUUGCGCCAGGUCAGAUGCAAGUCACGUGUCUGUAGGUUGUGGCCAGGCUGGCUGCUGUAAACUGCAGCAGGGAAAAACACUGCCAGAAGUUAUCCCAAGAAGGAAGUGAAAGGUGACUUGUGAUGUGAAUAGCAAGUAGGUCAGGGUGGUUGAUAGAGGGCGUGCAUAGGUAUUGCAGGUGCUGACUGAGAAACUGAUGGCAUUCAGUUUUUCCAGAACAAAGUUCUGAUUUGGUAGGUUAUGUUUUGAGUCUGGGAACACUCAAAAUGUGUGUGUGUGCGUGUGUGUUUUUUUUUUUUUAAAUAAAUGAAUGCUGUUAGUGUUUCCUAACCUAAAAUAGAGCCUGUGACU